UUGUAAUGCAUUGACCCGCCUGUGGUGGGAAAUAUUUCUUGCCUUGUAGUGUUGUUGUUGUUGGAAGCGGUUUUGUGUUAUGUAUUAAACGUCUUUCCGUGUAUGGAGUGCUUUAUAAAAGCUGCGUUUUCUACGCUUUGUGCAAGUGUCCGAGAAGCAGGACAUUCUGAGCUCCUGAUGUUCCUAAGUGCCACCCACGCAUCUCAGCUCGGUGCACAUCCAGCCUCAUUGUCUCCACUGAUCCACAGAUGCAGUGUUUGUCCGUACACAACUGACACAGUCUCUGAUUUAAUAGAGCAUGAGCAGACACACAUGGGAGAGCACCAUUUGACGUGCAGGUUUUGCGCACAAGUGGCUGCCAGCAGCCAAGAACUGAAGCAACACGAACAGACGCAUGUGGACAAGCAGCGUUUCAAGUGCAGGACUUGCCAUUACACGGCGGCUUCGGAGUGCUGCGCGACACGUUCCAAGACCAGCCGCAGGGAGAGUCGGCGCUAUUCCUGGAGUCCGAAACAACGGCUUACGAGAGUGAAUUGCUUCCUAACAACCUGUGGCAAAGCUCAAGCGUACUGGCGAAGAGCAAGCGCUCAAAGGAGAGGAGGUUCAAGUGCCGAUUCUGCACUUAUGCCGGAAGUCAGCUGAGUCACCUCGUAAACCACGAGCGAAGACACACCGGAGAGAAGCCUUACAAGUGCAGCUUUUGCAGCUACGCCUCGGCUGUGCAGUGCACGUUGGUCAGGCACGAAAGGACACACACGGGGGAGAAACCUUACAAGUGCCAGUUCUGCUCCUUCGCGACCAAUCAGAGUGGGGUCUUAAAGAAACAUCGAGAGAAACACAUGCUCUAGUUCGGGCGACCGUCUCUGGGGUGGACGAUGAGACGUUUAACGCUUCCUCUUACCACCUUUCCCACGUGGGCACGUGGAGUUGGGAUGUCGUCUGCUUCGGCCAUUUGCUACAGGUGAUUUCAAACACAGGCUAUGUGUGGCUGCCCAUGCGGCUCGUGAUGGCUUAUCGCCAUAGCUACAGCUGCCGAGGCACAGACACGAUUAGUGGACUUUUAAUGACCAUGUCACAUCGUUUAAGUGAUCAGACGUUGUUUACUCUCGGUGGUUUUUAAGUUUACAACGAAAAUAUAGUUGCCAUCCGCAGCUUUACAAGUCAGAGAUCAGUAGCAGCAGAGGCUGGUGUCUUUACAGUUGCCAAAUGGUUUCUUGGACUUCAGAAACUGCAAAUUGUCUCCGAAUUAUCGAGCCGUCCAAGUGGUUACUUUUUACACAAAGGUGACAUGCACAUUGCACAUGCGCAUCCCAAAAUAUCAAUAUAUACUCUUAUUCGCUCUGCAGCACAAAGCAUUAGUUUACCAGAAAUUCUAUGAUCAUCACAUUUAAUAAGUGCAAGGGCUGUUGCAAGGACUAGUGUACAAUGGCACCAGAUGAGGUUGUUGUUGUUGUCAUCAUUGGUGGGACUACUAAUGCCAGACAUGUUAUAGACGUGGUGUCAAGAUCACACACGCUGAUGCUGCGGAUUGGCAGACCCUAUUCUCUUAGGUGCAGUUCUCACAAAUGGCGGAUCCCUUUGUGACAGCUGCUGCACUUGGUGCAUGUAUCCCAAUCACGUCUGCUUCCCUUCACAUCAGAUACAACGUGUCAUGUUCACUUUCAGUUUGUUCAAUGCACCCUACUACUACUGUGUACAUAGGGGUCUCCACCUCUGUGCACAGGGGACAUGCAUGCUUUGAGUGCCGUUAAACAAAUUUGCAUUGCUGGGGUCCAAAUAUUCGGCUGGUGACUGUACCAUACGACUGAUGAUACUGAAAAAUAUAUCCCACAGUUCGUAAUAUUGUAGGAGAUUAUCUUCUGCUGAAUUUCUGGUGAAUUUGUUUGCAACUGCAACAAAGAAUAUGCCUUGAAAUUCCAGCCCAACCUAAACAAAGAAAAUUAGAGAACUGCUGUGAUAUUAACCAGGCAUGGCAAUCUCAUGGCCCACAACUGUUUUCUGAUUGUCUACAAGCACUUAGUUUUGCUCUUGCACACACUAUUUGGAAUGUACAGUAACUUUAGUCAUGUACUUCUGGGAAUUGUGGGCCAUACAGGGUCACAGUUUCAUGCGUACUUUUAAGGUUCUCGAGAGUAGAAUGUAAGAUUGGCGACAGCGUGCACCAUUAUGUUUAUUGAGUUUGUUCAGUUCAAAGCACACUGCAAACAACAGCAGAAAAAAGAAAAAAAAUGCUCCGACAGCCUGCUGCACAGCCAAUCCUUCGCUACUGAGGUAUGUGAGGUUGAGAUUAAAUCACUUCCAUCAUCAUGCAUCGUUAAAAAGAAUGAUGAUCUGAAACCAGGUAUCCGCCAGGCACUCUAAUCCUUCGGCUAUGCAAUGCAUUCUGAGCGGGUCCCUACAUAGCAGUCCCAGAAGAUUGAAAUUUCAUUGUUGUAACGUGAUAAAGAUGGAUGCUGAACACAGCACUCCUAAGGGAAAACAGAAGAGUUUCAUUGAAAGAGUUUUGAAUGAUUCAGCACAUCCUAAUGCUGGUGGAUGCAGAUGGCUGGUAGUUUUAUCCCAUCCUGUCUUUCUACAGAUUCUACAGACCCAAUUAAGAAUUGUCCUGCCAGUCAUCCUUCUUAAAAGUCUUAUCCUGUAUCUUCUCUUGUGUGCCCAGCACAGUAAUGAAAUACUUUUUGUGGCUGGUAGAUAUGUGACAAUGUACACAUCUCAGUCAGCUGAAGUGAUGUUCAGUGUUAUACUGAAGGUAGUGGGAAAGUUUUCUAACUUCCUUCCAAUACACCACAACCCAGUUAAACUUAUCUUUUCUAACUUCCAUGAGAUGCCUUGUACACAUUCUGUUUGUGUAAUAAAAGAACUGUAUUUUUGUAACAUUGGA